AUGUAUUCCAACACGCCUGCCGAUUUCGACUUCAAGCUCCGCAGUUCCCUCCCGUCCUCUUCCUCCCUCCCCUCCCCUCACUCCCCUCCUCCCCUGCUGGCAGCAUGGCAUCGCCAGUUCCCUCCCUGCCUGCUUUCGCAGCACACCUGCACUGUUGGAGCAGCACAACAUUCCCUUUGUCGGCACCUCCUCUGCUGCUGCCGCUCGGCACUGACUUUUGAGCCGACUCAAUUACCCUCCUCCCAACCCUUUCACCUCCCCCCUCCUCCCCUCCUCCCCCCUGCCAGGCACUGCUGGAGAAAUAUAACAUUCCCUUUGUCGGCACUUCCUCUGCUGCUGCUGAGUUUUGAGUCUGCUAACCCCCACACCUUCCGCUCCCCUUCGUCCCCCCAACCCCCCUUCUCCCCUCCUCCCCCCUGCCAGGCACUGCUGGAGCAACACGGCAUUCCCUUUGUCGGCACUUCCUCUGCUGCUGCACGCAAUGCAUUUGACAAGGCAUCUCAAAUCCCCCCUCGUCUCCUUUCCCCGGUGUUUCCUGCAGUGUGCAUGUUUUAUCUAAGGCAUCUCAAAUCCCCCCUCGUCUCCUUUCCCCGGCAUCUCAAAUCCCCCCUCGUCUCCUUUCCCCGGUGUUUCCUGCAGUAUGCGUGUGCACAGCACAUGAAGCGUUGCGGCUUUCCCACCCUCCCCUCCUUUCUCAUCCAGGCUGGGGUAGACGGCAACGAUGGUGACGUGGCGCUUGCUGAUUGGUUCACCUCCAACGGACUCUCACCAGCCACCGGCUCUGUUGUGGUGAAGCCAGCUCGAGCUGGGUCGAGUGUCGGUGUCUCUGUGUGUUCCGGUGCGAUGGAAGCUUCCCAGAAGGCUCGCGAGCUGAUAUCCGAGGGUGUGGACGAUCGAGUGGUGGUGGAGGUGUUUGCAGCAGGAGGCAAGGAGUUUACCGCCAUUGUGCUGGAGUCAUCAGUAGCAGAAGCAGCUGGGAACGGCACCCGUGGUGCAGUGUGCCUCAUUCCCACGCAGGUGGAGUUGACAGGCUUUGCUGCUUCUCCUGCCACCACAUCAGCAGCAGCAGCAACUGAAGGCGCUGAUUCUGACAGUGAUAGCAGUGGGGAUAUCUUCGACUAUAGACGGAAAUACCUUCCCACUCAGCAGGUUCUCUACUCCACGCCGCCCCGCUUCCCCCCAUCCAUCCUCUCCUCCCUCCGCGCCUCAGCCACUCGCCUCUUUUCCUCACUCUCCCUCGGAGACUGCGCUCGCCUCGACGGAUGGUUCCUCCCUCCUUCCUCCUCGGCUUACGCCCGCGUGCUGGCGGGGCUAAGAGCUAGCACCGACAAUUCACGAGGUGGAAACAAGGAGGAUAACGAGGCAGCUAAUAACGAGGACAACCAGCAGGGGGAGGAGUGGGAGGAGGAGUAUAAGGAGGGGAUUGUGGUGUUCUCGGAUGUCAAUAUUGUUAGCGGCAUGGAGCAGACGUCUUUCCUCUUCCAGCAGGCUGCUUUGGUGGGCCUAUCUCACUCCCUCAUCCUUCGCUGGAUCCUCGCAUCAGCCUGCUCCAGAUACGGCCUUCCCCUCCCUCUCCACCCCCCUCCGGCUGCUCCUGGCGUCGAGAGAGUGCGAGAGGAGGGAGGUGGAGGCGAGGCAGGUGAAACGGCAGGGAGGCGGCAGCUGGUGUGGGUGUUAUUUGGGGGCAGCACAGCAGAGCGCCAGGUGUCCCUGAUUAGUGGAACUAACUGGCAGCACAGCAGAGCGCCAGGUGUCUUUGAUCAGUGGAACCAACGUGUGGGUCAAGCUGAGGGCGUGCCCGCAGCAGAGCGCCAGGUGUCUCUCAUCAGCAGCACCAACGUGUGGCUCAAGCUGAGGGCGUGCCCGCAGUUUGACGUGCAACUGUUCCUCCUGUCUCCAUCGCACGACAGCAGCAGCAACACUGCUGGAAGCACCAAGAACAACAGCUCGGGCAACGGCUCGAGCCCUGGGUCUCUCUCGUUGAGUGAGCGAGCGGCGUGGGCGGCAGAAGUCGACACAGUCUGGUCCCUCCCGUAA